AUGAACUUUGUCUUCGGGUUACCCAAAGACGCACGCGGGAAUACGGGUAUUCUCGUCUUUGUUGACAGAUUCAGCAAAAUGGUACAACUUGUGGCUGUACCAGAGUCAAUCACGGCAAGUGGCUGUGCUUGUGUCUUUAUUGACACCAUCUUCCGACAUCAUGGGUUGCCCCGUGAACUCGUAUCAGACAGAGAUCCACGAUUCACUGCUGAUUUCUGGCGUUCCGUGUUCAAAUCACUCGGAACGCGCUUGAAGAUGUCGACAUCUGAUCAUCCAGAGUCAGAUGGUCAGACGGAACGUGCCAACCGUGUCCUUGAAGAGAUACUUCGAGGAUACGUACACUCCUUUAAGAGUUGGAGUGAGUUUUUGCCAAUGGUAGAGUUUGCCAUUAACAACUCGGUGCAUGCGUCCACGACCCAUACACCGUUUUACGUGAAUGGCUUGCGCCAUCCGCGUGUACCCACCUUACUAGAGUGUAACUCUGGUUUAAGGGGGGGAGGGACUCGCGCGAGCAAAAACCGAUUUGGUUCACGCUCAUCACGCUCUGACGAAGAGGUCAUUGCGUUUGAUGCCGAUAUCGAUGACAUCGAUAUCGAAGAAGAUGAUGCCAGUGAGAGUGCGGAAGCCCUCACUGAAGUAGAUGAUCCCAGUGAGAGUGCGGAAGCCCUCACUGAAGAACAGGUUAAUGUUGCUGCAGUGCGCUCACAGCGCACUGAAGCUAACGAGUCAUCAGAUGAGUUCAUACUGGCUCGUGAAACGGUAGUCCGUUUUGUGCAAGACUCCAUCGCCGAAGCGGUGGAUAAGCAAAAGCAAGACGCUGACAAGAAUGGAAGGGCAAACACUCUUUUAUUUAAUAAAGGUGACUUAGUCCUACUGUCUACGGUUAAUCUACCAGAUCACGUAGUGACUAACGUGGGUAGCAGUAAACACUACCCAAGUACAUCGGCCCAUUUCGUGUAUUGCACCGCCUAG